UCUAUUUCCGCGAUUGUCUUGAAUUUAAAUGCUAACAACUUCAAGUUACCCCUUACAUAAAACUUAUAUGAAAACGCAACAAAGCACCCCGUCUCUCCCAUGAAAACCUGAAGAUAGAAAAUACAUAUAAACUUAAAAACCACAACGACCUUUGAAACUCCUUAUCUUUUAAGUGUUCCGUCAUUCCCAAUCCCGGAUUUCCCUACGGGUGUAGAAAAGCGGUUUGCUUCACGUUUACUAAAUAAACGUACCUACCUACUUAACUGGAAAAUUUGAGUGAGACGUCGGUAUUUAGCAUAUCAAAGAGCUAGUGAAGAUGGCACCAAGUUGGCCUCAGCGAAAGAAACCCCUAGAUGAGUUUACGCUAUUCCCGUUGCUCCCGGCCGAACUGCGCAUUAUGAUCUGGAAGAAAUCAUUUCAGCUCCGUGUGGUGGAAUUACAUACCCGGACCGGCACAUCACAAUGGCUAUCGAGCUGCAGAAACCCGAGCGCCUUGUCCGUUUGCUCCGAAUCCCGUGAAUUAGCGCUGGAAUACUUCUCCGUUGCUCUCCCCAUCUCCUCGUCAAAGUUGGAUGGGCGUCUGUCACGUCUCGUGUAUAUCAAUCCCGCCGUGGACUUGCUCGCGGUCGUGGGCCAGGCUAAUUACUCGCAAUUGACUGAUCUGUUUGAGGCCAUCGAAGAGCUGGACCCUACCGGCCGCGGUCUACGACGCUUUGGGCUGAAUAUCUCUUGCUUCGUGAACCACUUUCAGUUCUCCCUGAUGGUCUGGAAUAAGAAGCACUUUAAACGGUUGGAGGCAUUCGUGCUCCUGAUGUAUAUCGAGAAGCUACCCCCUUCCGACUUUCGAGAUGGCGAGUGCACGGUUCAACGCCUUGGGGGCUUGGAUGCGUUUACGCGGGAUCAAAUGACGAUGGUGCGGCAACUCUUUGAUGCUGAGCAUUUGCUGCUCAUGAGCCUGAACUUCAUCCCGGCCUGAUAUCUCUCUUGUGGGUACUGGAUUCGAACCCGGUAUCGAGCUUUUUUGUAAAUCCUUUUCCUCUUCCUUUUUAUUUUUACCCUUUACUUUCUUGUUCCACACUCCAUGUACUUUUCCACAACAUAUCGUAUGCUGCAUACACAUUUGCCUUGGUGGAACAGAGGGCAGCACCUCGGGCUCAUUUAAUACCUGUCUACUUCUCAAGAUAUAUAUUUUCGGAUUUCCCUUUAUCCAUGGACAUCGUUGUUUAUAUACCAAGCUACUUUUAUCUCACUUACUUGCACCUAUCGUUAAGAUAUUAAGAAUGCUAGGCCUCGUACCGUAGAUAGAUAUCCUGUAUACCUAGUACCUAUCUAGUAAUAUAUGAGUAUCCUCGAA